ACUUCCCCUUUCAGAGACUCUGCUAAAAAAAAUAUUAUAUUCAAGUAGGCGUGAGUGUACAAUUACUUAGCAAGGACCAAUAUACCAUGUGCCUAUUAACAAUAUUUUAUACAAACGCACGUGGAUAAGGAUAGUCUAAAAGGAAAGUGAUGUCUUCUAUAUACUCUCCUCGACUUAAAUGUGGGGUAUGUGCUAAUGUACGUAUGCUCCACUCGAACUGCAAACAAUGUGGGAACCUAUGUGAAGACUGUUCAGGAUUCCACAGCAAAGGGAAUGCCUUCAAAAAUCAUAAUGUGGUGUCUUUAACUUUUUCAGAUGCAAUUGAGACUUCUUCAAUCAAGAUGGAACCGUCCACACAACUAGAUCUCCGUGAUAAUAUCCCCGUCACCACAUGUAUAAAACCACCUGAUGUUGCAUCGACUUCAACAAAUGCCCCAACACCUGUUUAUGCGCCAUCAACUUCAAAUGCCCCAACACCUGUUUAUGUGCCAUUAACUUCAAAUGCUCCAAAACCUGUUUAUGGGCUAUUAACUUCAAAUGCUCCAAAACCUGGGUAUGUGCUAUUAACUUCAAAUGCUCCAAAACCUGGUUAUGUACCAUUAACCUCAAAUGCUCCAAAACCUGGUUAUGUACCAUUAACCUCAAUUGCUCCAAAACCUGUUUAUGUUCCAUCAACUUUAAAUGCUCCAACACCUGGUUAUGCGCCAUUAUCUUCAAAUGCCCCAACACCUGGUUAUACGACAAUGACAAAUACACCUAAUACUUCAACGAAAAAAGGUGUGAAACGGAAAGCUGAUUCCGUUACCAUGAAGGAAAUCGAGAAAGUUGCUUGUCCUAAACAUACAUCUAAAACAGUGGAUUUAUGUUGUCAGGAUUGCAAUCAAGCAAUAUGUUCGCAGUGUCUGAUCUCUACCCAUACUGGACACAGAAUUGGAGAUAUUACCAAUUUUUUUGGAAACAAAAGAGCUAUGAUUGAAAGUGAUUUAGAUCUCAUUCAGAGCCAUAUUCACCAAAGAGAGGAAGCAAAACAGCAGCUGGUCGAAGAACUAGAAAAACUGGAGCAAGCUUCAGAGAGCUUGAUGAAGGACGCUAAAGAUUUUAUUGAAAAAAUGCGAACAACCAUUCUAAAUAAGGCCGAAGAAAUGAAGGCAACUACUGAAGAAGCUAAAAAGAUGAUUACUUCAAGAAAUGGCGAUUUUGUCAAAGAAAUUAAAACACUUGAAAUCUUGCGUAAAAAAUGUCAAGAUGAGCUGGAUGCUAAAGAUUUAUCAGUUGUUCUUUUCAGAAAGGUACCAGCGUUCUCACUCGAUACCUACGAGAAUCUUCCAAGUUCGUUCAAAAUUACACCUCCUGCGUUUAAACCAGACCAAUAUAUUAUGGAAAGCUUUGGAACCAUCGUUUCUGCAACUAUUCAAGAGGUACCUAUUGCGUUUAGGUCACCAACUACCCCAAUAAAAAUGGCAGGAAAAAAGAAACAGAAGAGUCAAAGCAGUAUGCCAUUGCCUGUCCCGACAGCCACGUCUGCCCUUGCUCAAAAUCACAAAAUAAUAAAAGAUGCAGUGAAAGCACUUUGUGAAGAGCUUGGUAUGGACAUUGUUAAAAAAUGAAGAAGACAAACGGAAAUUAUUUCUCAAAUUUGAAGGACAAAAAUCUUUUUCCCAGUAAAGAAAAUCAUACAAUAUUAACUUGCCCAACUUGAAAAAGUUAUCUUGAAAACGAUGAAUAUGUUAUAUGACACAUGUAUCACAAUUAGUAAGACAGAGAGGGGGGAGAGAGGGAGGUAAUGUAAAAUUUGAAAGACAUGAAAUAAUAAAUGAUAAUUGUUUUACUUUCUUACUAUGAGAAAAAUAGUGGGUUUUGAUGGUUAAUGUAUAUUUG